AUUGGGUUUGUUGACAAAGUUGACACACCACCUCCUAUGGAUCUCUUUCUUUUUUUAUCUUUGGAAAAUUUUCUUUCAAAUAUUCCUUCUGUUAAAUGAAAUUUUUUUCCUUUUUAAAAUGAUCAAAAUUAUGGAAAGGAACAAAAUAAUAAGGUUUACACCCACCAAAGCACCAACCGCACUAUAUAUAAAAACAGAGAGACAGUGCGAUUUAUAUUAAAACGAGAAGAGGCAGUGUUGUUGGUAGUGUUUGGUCGGAUUCAUUCACAGAUGGCUUCAAGGUUGGCUUCAAGGGCGGCUUCAUAUCUCAGAAUCCAAGUGACCCACAGAGGGUUUGCUUCUGUUGUGAAGGAUCUCAACUAUGCUAAUUCUCACGAGUGGGUGAAGGUUGAUGGAAAGUCUGCAACUAUUGGCAUAACUGAUCAUGCUCAAGAUCAUUUAGGUGAUGUUGUGUAUGUUGAGUUGCCAGAGGUCGGGGUUGCUGUGAAGCAGGGUGAAGGUUUUGGAGCAGUUGAAAGUGUCAAGGCAACCAGUGAUGUCUACUCUCCUGUGUCGGGAAAAGUGGUUGAAGUCAAUGAAGAGCUUAACAGCUCCCCUGGUUUGAAGACAAUCCAAGUUAGUUUUACAUCUGUAAAUCACAUCGUCUUAUAUCCUCUUCAUUUUUUAUAUGAAAAUCUAAAGUUGUACAAGUUAUGUGCUAUCUGGAGCCUUGAAAGUUGGUGCUUCUUCAGCUUAUGGACCUCCCCACAAUAUUGUUGGACCUCCCCACAAUAUUGUUAUACAAUGUGAAUGUUACGAAGAUCACUUUGUUAUAGACAUGUCAGCAGAAGACUGUCUUCAAUCCAGUUUUCUUGUUUUAAUUGGUCAGCUUUUUCUGUACCAGGUUAACUCGAGCCCAUAUGAGAAGGGAUGGAUAAUUAAAGUCGAGAUAAAUGAUAGUGGAGAACUGAAGAAUUUGAUGGAUUCUGACAAGUACACCAAGUUUUGUGAAGAAGAAGAUGCACAUUGAUUGAUGCCGGCCAUUGCAGCAGGCA